AUGGCCGACGUCGACAUGGCUGAGCUCCCACAGACCCCGCGCUCCACUGCCGGCGACGACGACCUCUCCUUUCUGGGCGGAGAGGGCGACCUCGCCGCGACAAUCCUCGCGCGCCUCAGCGGCUCGCCGCGGGAGGACUUCCAGCACCUCUGCGCCACCGCCGCCGCCAUGGCGCAGGCCGUUAGCGACCAGGGAAUACCCGCCACCCCCGUAGCCUACUUCGCCGCGUCUGCCGCGGCGCUCGCCCCGCUCGCUCGCGCGGGGGCCGCCGGCGCCGACCGCCACGUCGCCGGAGCGCUCCUAGCCUUCCUCUCCGCGGCGCUGCCUGCCCUCCCGGCUGCCGUGGUGCGCGCCCGUGGCCGUGAGGUCGCCGACGACGUGAUGCGCGUGCUCGAUUUCCCUUCCACGCCCGAUUCAGGCGUCAGGGCGGGGCUUAGGUGCCUCGCGCAUUUGAUAUCUGCGGGGGACAGGGCGAACUGGGAGGCGGUAGAGCCUUUAUACACUGUGAUUCUGUGCCUCAGUACCGAUCACCGGCCAAAGGUGCGGAAACAAUCUCAUUCAUGCUUGCGGGAUGUUCUCCUGAGUUUUCAAAGGCAACCAAUUUUGGUUCCAGCAAGUGAAGCAAUAACAAGAUCUUUUGAGCGGUUUCUGCUGCUUGCUGGAGGAUCUAGUUCUGUAAAUACAGGUGCAGCAGAGGCAGGCCCCAAGGGGGCUAAGGAGGUCCUGUAUAUUUUGAAUGCUUUGAUAUGCUGCCUUCCGCUUAUGGCGUCGAAGCCUUCCAAUACCAUCUUGAAAUAUUUUAAACCACUGUUAGAUUUGCAUCAACCAAUUUUGACAAGGAGUAUGUUGGACAUUCUGCAUGCUGUUGCUGAAAGUCCAACACUACAGCUAAAAUCUGAUGUGUUAUUGGACCUUCUGUGCUCGUUGGGGCUGUCAGUGUCUUCAGAAAGGAAAUCAGGAGAUGAAAUGGCUUCGAUUGCACGACUUUUACAUGUUGGUACUAAAAAAAUUUACAAGCAAAACAGGGACAUUUGUGUUGUAAAGCUUCCAUUGAUAUUUACUUCACUUGGAGAUAUAUUAUCAAGUGAAUUUGAAGAGGCGAGAUUUUCUUCUGUGGAGGCUUUUAAAGGUUUAAUAGAUCACUGCAUCGAUGAAACCUUAGUGUCACAGGGAAUUGCUCAGAUGAAGGCCAGACAUCAAUGGUUGAAAUCAGAUCCCACAAUCAUAGAGAAGAUAUGUGCUAUCCUAGAAGGCUUGCUAGAUUUCCGCUACAGUGACGUCUGGGACAGAUCAUUUCAUGUAAUUUCAGUGGCAUUUGACAAGUUAGGAGAGUUUUCAGCUGACCUAUUGCCCGAAGCAGUCAGGAACUUGGCAGAUAUGCAAAACUUGUCAGAUGACAACUUUUCCUUCCGGAAGCAGCUUGAUGCAUGUCUUGGUUCAGCGAUUGCAGCAAUGGGGCCAAAGAAUGUUCUUGAAAUUCUCCAGAUUCUGUCAAUAUGUGAUGAAAAUGCAUGGAUUCUCCCUAUUCUGGAGAAGCACAUUAUUGGUGCCAGUUUACAAUUUUUCUUAAGAGAUAUUCUGGGUAUGGUUAGAGCCAUUGAGAAAAACAUUCCUAAGCUUUUGAAGAAUGACAAACUUUUCUCUGCCAAGAGAGCUGGAGGUUAUGUGUAUUCUCUGUGGUCUUUGUUACCAUCUUGUUGCAACUACUCAUGUGACACGUCAAGCAAUUUUAGAGCUUUACAAGAUGUCUUAUGUGACACUCUCCAAAACCAACCUGACUUGUGUGGCAUUGUUUGCUCCAGUAUUCAGGUUUUAAUCAAACAAAACAAAGAAGCUCUGUCAGUUUCUAGGGAAGAAGACAUUGUCGCUGAGGAUGAAAUAAGCAAAUCUGUAAGAAGAGCAAAGGAACAUUAUACUCAAAAUCUGGCAGAUGAAAACUUGAAAGCGAUACGUGCUUUCUCUUCGAAGCUUCUGCAAGUACUUUGUUCUAUAUUCUUGAUGUCUUCGAAUGAUGCUAUUGGAUUAUUGCAGCCUGCUAUAAGUGAGAUAGCUUCCAUAUCAGACAAAAACGUUGUUGGGAAAUUCUUCCUUGAUGCAAUAAGAGAGUUGUUGGAUGCUACAAAGGCUGUUAAUACAGAGCCUGUGGAUGAUAGUUCAAUGGAAAUUGAAGCUGAUUCCAACAAAAAUAGCAUGAAGAGGGCUCUACUUUUGGAUUUUGCAGCUUCAUUGAUGCCUGGUUUAGCUGCAAAGUCUAUCAAUGUGCUGUUCAGUUAUGUGAAACCUGCAAUUAAGGACAGUGACUCUUUGAUUCAAAAGAGAGCGUACAAGGUUCUGUCAAUGCUGCUCAAGGAUGCUGAAUUUGUUGAAAAGAAUUUGGACGUCUUGUUGGAAUUGAUGAUUUCAUCAUUGCCAUGUCAAUUUCCCUCGAAACGCUACAGACUCGAAUGCUUAUAUCACCUUAUUGUUUACAUUUUGAAGGAUUCAUCUACGGUUAGAAAGAGAGAAGUUAUUAGUUCAUUCAUCACUGAAAUACUUCUUGCAUUGAAGGAGGCCAACAAGAAAACCAGAAACAGAGCUUAUGAUUUGCUUAUUGAAAUUGCCCAUGCAUGUGAAAAUGCUGGAAAUGACGAGAGGAAGGAGGGCUUGCACCAGUUCUUUGGCAUGGUUGCUGGUGGUCUGGUGGCUGGUCAAACGGCACAUGCAAUUAGUGCCGUUGUAACUGGGUUGGCUCGUUUGACUUAUGAAUUCUCAGAGCUUAUUGGAGUCGCUUACAAGCUCCUUCCUCAGACUUUCUUGCUUAUGCAAAGGAACAACCGGGAAAUAGUCAAAGCGAACUUAGGUUUUGUCAAAGCUUUAGUGGCUAAAUCUAAAGCCGACAUGCUGCAUGAACACUUGAAUGGAGUUGUUGAAGGCCUGUUGAGCUCGCAAAGGGAUACAAAGAAUUCCUUUAAAGCUAAGGUCAAGUCACUCAUAGAAAUUCUUGUGAAGAAAUGUGGUUUAGAUGCUGUGAAAGCUGUGAUGCCUGAAGAGCAUAUGAAAUUGCUCACGAAUAUUAGGAAGAUUAAUGAGCGAAAAAUGCGGAAGGCAAAAUCUUCUGAGGAUGGGGAUGCCAUGUCUAUGGCCUCAGGAGCUACAAGGCAAAGUAGAUGGAAUCACACACAAAUGUUUUCAGAUUUUGGAAGUGAUGAUGAGUCAGAUGGUCCUUUCUCUACCCAACACACUGUUACUUCUCGAUCUCGUACUGAAUCAAAAGCUUCAACUCGGCUGAGUCGGAGGCGCCAAGGAGAUAAGAACCUAUUGGAGAAGUUCAUUGACCAUUCAACUGGCGAUCCCCUAGAUUUACUUGACCAGAAAACGGUGCGGUUGGCUCUCAAAUCAGCAGCAGGGAAAAAGAGGUCUGCACCCGAUGACGACGACGACGAGUUUGAGGUGGACCCUGAAGGCCGUAUAAUCGUGCGAGAAGAGCGGGAGAAGCGGAAAAAGAAGCAUGUCUCUCGUGACGACGACGAUGCUGAUGGAAAGAGCUCUGUCAGAAGCCAGUCCGUUAAAAAGAGGAAGACGUCGAGCUCUGGUUGGGCCUACACUGGCCAUGAGUACACUAGCAAGAGGGCCAGUGGUGAUCUGAAGAAGAAAGACAAGAUGGAACCUUAUGCAUACUGGCCGAUGGAUCGUAAGCUUCUCAACCGCAGGUCGGACCGCAAGGCGUCUGCGCGGAAAGGCAUGUCCAGUGUCAUGAAGAUGACCAAGAGGCUUCAAGGGAAGAGUGCAAGUGCCGUGCUUUCUGCUAAACGGUCGGGAAAAAUGAAGCACAAAAAGAACAAAUAA